CAAAACCGCGGGGUUUUGUCUGUUCUCAAGGUCAAGGUCAUUCUGGAUUACCAUAUGUCAUCUGAAGUAUCUGGGUUUCUUUGUCCGGAUUGCCUGAAGUCAUUUCCGGAUUCAGAAUAUCUCGUGCAGCAUUUUGAAACAACUCAUGCGAGUCUCUGCAAUGACAUAAUUAAAUCUUCCGCUGAAAGCAAGUGUAACGGUGAAACUGAUAAACUUCAUUCCUACGAAAACUUAGUCGGUGAAUUGUCCACUCAUAAUUUAAAUCUGUUGAACAGAAUCACAGAACUUGAGGCAGUGAUCCGACUUCUUCUUAAUGAAGCUCCUUUGGUAGAUCCUAAAACAAUAAACGAGAAGAAGGCGGUGAAUACAUUUUUAGAUGAUGAACUUAAGGAUAAAGUGAGCAGUUUUCUAGACUAUCAAGCUCAAUUAGCAAGCACUUAUUCAUCAAUAAAGUCAACUGAUGCCAGUUUGGCGGAAAAGGAUGCUAAAAUUAACCAAUUGGAAAAGCGUAUAAACGAGCUGGAAAUUAAGGACAACAUUAUCAAAUUGGAUGCAAUUACUAAUACUCAAGUGGAUACUGAUAACGCGGAAGUACAGUUUACUUCCGAGGAGUUAGUGAACAAUGAAAACUCUGAGGAUAAAUCAGACCAAGAAACCAAUGAAGACAGUCUACGGAUAAAUCAAAGGCUGAAUUCUCUUUUAUCAGAAAAUGAAUCUUUAAAAACAGAAUUGUUGUCGACAAAAAGUGAGCUGAACAGCUAUCAAAUAAAGCUGGCUGAUACAAGUGAAAUAAACAAACUAGAAACAGAAUUAACUAAUCGUUCCACGUGUAUAUCGAUUCUUGAAAGACAAAUUCAAGAAUUAAAGCUGACCAAUAAAAAACUUACUGAAGAUUUAUCUGUUAUACAGCAUACUAAAGACACCUUACAAACUGAUCUAACAACACUAAGAAAUGAUUCUGAAAUAAAACGAAAAAAAUCGGAAAAUGAAAUUAGCCGUUUAACUAAUGAAUUAAGAGAAUUACAGAAGACGAAUAAAGCACUUCAAGAAAACUGUGAUCAGCUAAAACUUCAAGCCGAUGAAGCGGUAAAAUCGAAUGGAAUGUCAGAAGAAAAGCUAAUUAGUCUAGAAAAGGAGCUUAAAGUUGUUCGUUCAGAUUUACAGACAGAAUCAGCUUUGUCCAAAAAAGAAAUUGAUUCGUUAAUGGAAAAGUUGAUUAAUGCUGAGGAUGUUAGUUCAAGUCUUCGAAGUGAAUUAAAUUCAAAGCUGAAAGAAAUCAAAGAAUUACAGACUGCUGUGAUUGAAUUAGGCCGAGAAAAUCAAACUCUUCAGGUUUUACGAGAACGCCUAACAAAUCGUCAAUGGACUAAAGAUGAUGAAGCUAUGACGUGUUUUGGUUGUGAUCGAGAAUUCUCUAUCAGUACAAGAAGGCAUCAUUGCAGAAACUGUGGCGGCAUAUUCUGUCAGAAUUGUUCAUCUAAUCGUGCUGCUACAACAUUUAGUAAAGAUCCAGUUCGUGUAUGUCAGGCUUGUUAUAAAGAGUUGACUGGUAAUUUGUGAUAUAGUAAAACUAACCAGUGUCUAGUCUAGUCCACUCAAGUCGAGUCUUUCUAAGUUUAUCUGCUGAGAAUUUAACUUCUGUGUAAAUAAUAUGUGUUGUUAUUAUAUUAUGCACAAAAUGCAUUUCAAUCUGUCUGUCUGUCUGUCUCUCUCUCUGCUUUCACUUUACCAAUCAUGUGUUCUUUUCGCGGCGAUGCUGCGAUUAGCAAUUUGAUUUUAUCCUCAAUUAUGAGCAAUAAUAAUAAUAAUAAUAUGCUUCAUGAAUACGACACUGUCUUCAACACCAAGUCAAAUGCGUCUACUUUUAAUAAUUUCAUAUAGUACUACCCUAUUAUCAGUUGAACAGAAUUAGCUACUUUUAUUACACAAGAGAGAUAUAUAUGGCUUAAUCAUACAUAUUGAGUACUUUAACAGCAUAUUAUGCUUUCUUUUAAAAGCCUUCUGAUGAUCUCGUUUUCUUCUUUCUUUCUUUCUUUUUUUUUAUCAAGUAUGUGAUUCUAUCUUUCUGUUUAUCAAACUAAUAAUAAAGCGUUGAAUUCCCGAUCAUUGUAUUUAUUGAUCUCGUUGAAUAAUGCUAAAGUGAAGAUCUGCUGAUUAACACUACUUUAGAGGUUGACGUUCACGGAUAGUACGAUGUAUACUAACACAGGGGGGGGGGGGCGGGGGUGGUGAGUUGUAGCGGUAGUUAAUUCCCCAGAAUUA